AUGGAUCGAGAAAGCGACUUGCCAGAAGUCAUGGCGAACAUACCAUGGCCUGUAAUACGUUGCAAUAAUUUAACCAGUGAGCAUUUUAAGAGCGCGGAAAGUGGCGUGCAAACCCCUUUGGGCGAUCGAUGUGACUGUAACGACGUCGAGCGAUCGUUCGCUGCAGCACCAGACUCAGAGAGCUUCAUAUGGGAGCGCUCUAAUAUCUCAGGACUAGGAACUGCCGCAGCGCCUCCUUUCCGCGUGGGCGCUUUUGCGAGAAUGGCCAGCAGCAGCAGCAAGAUGGCGACGCCGGCCUCCCCACUGGAUGCAUUCCUGCCCUUGAAUCUAACUCGCCGAGGUAUCGCUGGCAACCGCUUCGCAUCAGCAGCCGUCCUGAGUGCGCACGUAUACGAUGACGAGAUGGCUGCGGGUGAGGCGGUAGCCCCUAACAAGCGCCGGAUGGUGAUGAAGAGCUCAACCACAAUAUCGCUCACACCCGGCAAAGUUGCAACUGGCGGUGCUGCGCACCACAACGAUGCAGCUAUUGCCGCUGUUGCUUCAGCUAGCACUGCUACUGCUGCUGGGCCCCCGCUUUCCAACAGCAGCAGCAAUCGCAGCAGUCACAGGGUCUGUUUUCAAUACCCGCAGCAUGGUAGCGGUCGUGGCAGUGGUGGCUAUGGCGGGCCUGCUGGGGAUGCGGAUGGAGGAGGUGGCUGGGGUGGUAUGAGUCAAGCUCAACGGCAACCACCAUCCCAAGAUAACCUGGCGGGCGUCAAUGCCAUUGAAUUGGCGCUUCAUGCCCAGCAGCUCGUGUCAUGGCUGGCCCAAGCACAGGAUGUGAUUAAAACUCUCGUGCGGUUUGAGGAGCGGCUGAUUGAGGAGAUUCUUCAGCAGCCGCGUGUCAUGACAUGCAAUUUCGAGACCUUCAAAGCAGCAGGCAGGCAGCAGGCAGCCGAUGUGUCGUCCCCUACCAAAGCUGCUGGUACUACCAUGCACUACGAUAAGCAGCAGCAGAGGCGGCGGCAGGCAAUGGUCAUGCAGUUAGCUCAGCGACCAGCGAGGACUCGAGUUUGCAUCUAUUGCGGAUAA